UUCAAGCUGUGUAGAAAAUCAAAACGCACGUCGACUCACAGCACAGCCGAUAACUGCUGGUCUGCUAGUUAAUUUGGCAACACUGUGCACCCCAAACCCGCCAACGCCAACAGACGCUGCAUCGUUUUGUCGUCUGCGCUUCUUCCACCUUACUUUCACUCAGUGCAUAAGUAUUAUCCUGCACUUCAUUCCGCACACAAUGACUUCACUAAGUCGUCGAGGGGUUCAGCUGCUCGCCGCAGCCGUUGCAGGUUGGGGUAGUUGCCGUGCGUACGACCACUUCUCCGCGAAAGGUCAUGUGCACGCUGCCACCCUUCUGCCAAGCUCUCCUGCCAUCGUUCCUGUAGAGCCUGUUGAAAGUGCCAGCCGCCAAACGCAGAUCAUGCGUUUCGGCUUUCCCGGCACCGACACCCUCCGAUUUUUGGACGACUACGUCCUCUCUUACGACCGCAGGAACAGAACUGCGCACUGGGUCUUUGAGCACCUGACAAGGGAAAAGCUGUUGAAGAACGACAAAGUAGACAGGUCAAAGUGCGAGUUUCACGAAGACACACAGAUACACCCGUACUUUCGGUCCCUCAACUCCGACUACUACAAAAGCGGCUUUGACCGUGGUCAUUUGGCGGCCGCGGGUAAUCACCGGCGGUGUCAAAGUGACGUGGAUCAAACGUUUCUGCUCAGUAAUAUGGCACCCCAGGUUGGCAAAGGAUUCAACAGAGACUCUUGGAACAGGCUAGAGAAGCAUGUUCGAGGUCUAACAAAGCACUACAAGAAUGUCUACGUUUGCACUGGCCCUCUCUACUUGCCAAGAAUGGAGAGUGAUGGAAAAAAGUAUGUCAAGUAUCAAGUGAUUGGUGCAAACCAUGUAGCUGUGCCAACACAUUUCUUCAAAGUUGUUGUGGGAGAAACUGAGAAUGCAGAAUUUGACUUGGAAUCAUAUAUCAUGCCCAAUGCUGUCAUACCUGAUGACACGCUACUUCGGUCAUUUCUGGUUCCAUUAGAUACCAUAGAGAGGGCAGCGGGGCUGCUGUUUUUCGACAAGAUCGACAAAAACAAGUUUCGUCGCAUCAACAGGAGAUGACAUGCAUGUACGUGCCAGGACCACACACCAAAUGAGUGAAGCAUUUCCUCAGGAGGAAUCCACAGCACCAUCGCCACUCUGUGCAGCCACAAUCUUGGGUCGCAAGGCCGAGAGGGAAAUGAGGAUAGCCUCCUGCAUGAUAAUUAAACAUUAAUGGUGCUAGUCAAACCCACUUACAAUACCAGUUUUGACAACUUAUAUUCCAUAGUAUGACAAUAAGCAGCCCCUGCACUGUAAGCUCUUGUGAAUUUUCUAUGCUGAAAUAAUAAACAACCCACUACAUUCCCAUGUCACAUUAUCAGUUGUAACUAACUAUGGCUCUAUGGCAAGAAAAAAAAAA